GAGUAUCUUGCAUGACAAAAAUAUCUUAUAAUAUUUACAAAUGCCUUACUUGACCACUAGGUGCAGCACAUGCGCCGCAACCUGGACCAAAGUGAAGCCGCCAUCAUUCAGGUGUUUGAGGAGAAGCAGCGCGUGUGGGAGCGCCAGAUGGACGAGCUGAGACAGAACUACGCCUCGCGCUUGCAGCAGGUGACGCGGCGCGCACAGCGCUCGCAGACUGCUCUGCAGGCCCAGAUAACCCGUUUGUCCCAAGACAAGAGAAGACUCCAGGAGGAGAUGGCAGCCCUGCUUGCCCAACGAGAGGAGCUGGAGAGAAAGUGUUUAGAUUACAGGAAGGAGCAGGCUGACAUAUUGCCACGUCUGGAGGAGACCAAGUGGGAGGUGUGUCAAAAGGCCGGCGAGAUCUCCCUGCUGAAGCAGCAGCUGAGGGAAAGUCAAGCUGAGGUGACGCAGCGGGCCGGAGAGAUGGUGGCUCUGAGGGGCCAGCUCAAGGAGCUCAAUGCCCAGCUGAGGGAGCAGGAAGAGGCCAUGCUCGGACUGAAGGAGUCCUACAGCGCCAAGACUCUGGAGCUGGAGAAGUGCGAGGCGGACCUGAGGAGGACUCUGUCAGAGGCCAGUUCCAAUUUCACUUCCUGUACUGUGAUGGAAAAGAACCUUUUAUCAACUCGAACAUAAAUUUAGCUCCAUAGGAGCCAGAUAUGAGAAACACCUCUCAGUAAAGUGCAA